AUGAAGGACCGACUGGCGCAGCUGAAGGAGAAGAGUGAUGCUGGAGGUGAUGACAUCGAGGUUCCUGUGGAGAACGAGGCUUUUAUGGAUGACUUCUUUGCUCAGAUCGAAGAUAUUCGCAUCAGCAUUGACAAGAUUGACGAGAGCGUCACAGAAAUCAAAAAGCUCUACUCCACCAUCUUGUCGGCGCCUACGUCUGACCAGAAAACACAAGAUGAUGUUGAAGCUCUCACCAAUGAGAUCAAGAAGUCGGCCAACAACGCCAGAAACAAACUCAAGAGUAUUGAGCGCCAGCUUGAGUCUAACACAGACGAGAGGGCCUCAGCUGAUCUCAGGAUACGCAAGUCACAGCAUGCAAUCCUCGCCAAGAAGUUUGUGGAGGUGAUGACAAAGUACAAUGAGGCUCAAGUCGACUUCAGAGACAAGAGCAAAGGACGAAUCGCCCGACAGCUGGAGAUCACGGGGAAGACAACAACCGACGAUGAACUGGAAGAGAUGCUGGAGGGAGGCAACACAGCCGUCUUCACUGCCGGGAUUACAGAGUCUAAGAUCAACCAGCAGGCCCUGAAUGAGAUUGAGGCUCGUCACAAAGACAUCAUGAGGCUGGAAAGCAGCAUCAAAGAGCUCCAUGACAUGUUUGUGGACAUCGCCAUGUUGGUGGAGAACCAGGGUGGCAUGAUUGACAGGAUCGAGAGUAACAUGGACCAGUCAGUGGGAUUUGUAGAGAGGGCGGUGGCCGACACCAAGAAAGCAGCCAAAUACCAGCAGGAGGCACGCAGGAAACAAAUGAUGAUCUUCUGCUGCUGUGUGAUUUUGGCCCUGGUCCUUGGGUCAUUUGUCUACAGCUUCAUCAAAUAGAGAUGCUGCAGGAGGCCGCCCACCAGCUGAGUCCACAGUAGAGGAUGGGUCAGAGCCUGGGCUCAGUUCACUGUCAGUACAACUCAUUUACAGUAGAAAUAGAGGUUCCACAUGUUUGCAUUCAGACUCAGUUAUUUCUGUACCUUUAUCAGGGUGCUCCACAUUAAUAUUCAGUUUCAGUGCUGUCUGUGAAUAAUUAGUUAUGUCAAAAUGGAACUGAGCUCUCAAGCAGUGGUUCCCAACCUGUGGGUCAGGGCCGCAAAGGUAUUGCAAGUGGGGCGACAAAUUGUUUGAAACUAAUUAUCUUUCUAAAAAAUGUUGAAAAACUUAAAGCCAAUGAUAGGAACUCUUAUAUUGUUGUCUGCCAGACCAUAUCAUAUACUUGUUUGUAUCUGGGUCUGAUGCAAUCCUGAAAGUUAUCAUUAAAAUAAAAAGUGCUCUGAGAACAUAUUAUUUGGCUCCUGUAUUGUUAUGGUGUCAGAUAAGGGCAACCAACAUUGUUGAGAUUUUUAAGUGGGCCAAGAGUUGGAAAAGGUUGGAAACACUGCUUUAGAGAAUUUCCACUAACCAUGCUGCUGAAUGGUCUUAGAAGAGAUUUAUCCGCCUCAUACAGUCAGCAUUCAUGGAAAGCUGCAGAACUCAUGGAGGGCCAUAUGAUGCAGGAAAUAAAAGUAUUAGAGACACUUUUAAGUUCAAAUACACCGUGUCAGAAUGACUGCAGGGGAACCAACAGACUAGUCCCAACAAAAAC